CCCCCGUCCCCACCACCCCCGCCGACCUGAGCUGCAUGCUGACGACGUGCCCCGCCAACAAGGCCGCCCUCGUGCCCAGCCUGUGCCGCUGUCAGGCGUACUUCGAGUGCAGCGACAAGGGCGAGGCCCAGGCGCGGCUCUGCAAGUCCUGGCAGAACUUCCACCCUAUCAAGAAGGAGUGCGUGUUCUGGGACCAGGUGGACUGCACCUGGCCCGGUAGCAUCACCACCAAGGCGCCCCCGGCCUCCACCCAGGCGCCCCCAGUCCCCGGCUGCGACUUCGUCCCCAGCUGCCCGUCCACCGGCUCCUCCAAGCAGGGGAUCCCCUGCAAGGACUCGUGCAAGUCGUACAUCCAGUGCAAGGACGGCAAGUGGACCAAGGAGAGCUGCGGCUGGCUGCAGCCCUCGUUCGACACCAAGUCCGGCAAGUGCGUGAUGUGGGGCGCCGUGUGCGCCGCCUAAGCGUCAAGGCGAAAACGCAGAAAAUGAGUUGAAUAAAAGAAUCGACCCAGGACAA